CUGACGUCACUGCUCCACAUUGAGCCAGUAGUAGAGAGUGAGUGGAGAUAGAGAGAGGAGCGCCGUAGUAAAGUACACACCGAAAUGAACUUCUCCCACUGAAACUUCAGCCUUCAUCACCGGGAACAGGACGAAUACAGUUUGUGCGUGUGUGUUUUUUUUUCUUCCGGACCUCGCUCUUUAUUCGCUUUUUACUCCCAGGAGCCCGGAGAGAGAGGAACGCAAAACAACAAGGCACACUUUGGGUUUGUUUUCCGGGGGUAGAGCGCUAUGUCGUCCGCGGCGGUCGCUGCCUCUUCCAGGAGGCAGUCGUGUUAUUUGUGCGACCUGCCCCGCAUGCCGUGGGCCAUGAUCUGGGAUUUUACCGAGCCCGUGUGCAGAGGAUGUGUCAACUACGAAGGAGCGGACCGCAUCGAGUUCGUCAUCGAGACGGCGCGGCAGCUCAAGAGAGCGCACGGCUUUCAGGAGGGCAGGUCUCCCGGGCCGGGGAAGGCGCAGCUCUCUGGGAAGGAGAUCCAGACGGGAGACCCCGGCUCUCGCCCGCCGCAGCCGCUGGACCGAUACCCGCUUUCCUCCGAGCGGCCGCCCAGGCUGGGUCCCGAGUAUCAGUCUAGCAGGCAGGCGAACGGCAUCCCCGUCCCCAACGGAUUUCCUAAACCUGACGAGCCGCCGGAGCUGAAUCGCCAGAGCCCCAACCCGCGCAGGAAUAGCACGGUGCCCCCGAAUCUAGUGCCUUUGGUGAACGGGAGCAUUCCCCCGGGGCACGCGGUCAACGGCAGACCGGUCCAGAUGGGGCUUCCCUCCGCGCUGGCCGGCGGCAGCCCCGCCGACAUGGGCAAGAGACCCUCGUCUGUGUCCAGUACCGAGCACGAGCGGGAGGUGAAGGAGAAGCACAGACCGGACAGUCUGACGCCGGAGAUCCCGGAGAGCCACAAAAACAGGGCAGACCCGGACUGGAUAGGGAAAGGCAAAACGGUGAGGGACCUGAUGGCUCUGCACACUUUCGACAACAGGUUCAAGAAGGACCAUGCGGCCAUGCAACAAAGGAGUAUGGGCUACGAGGCCAGCGCCACAGCCUCUAAAUCAGACAGAGGAAAACAUUCCCGGGGCAUGAAGAGAAAAGCAUCUCCUGAACCAGAGGGAGAAGGCACGGCUGCCAAGCUCAACGGAGAAGGACAGCAGUGGUUACCGCCGCCUAACGAUGGCCUGAAAAUGCCUCCAGGUCCCCCGCCAAGCUUCGCCUCCCCUCCCUCCACAAUAUCCCCCCACUCUCGUACCACCCCACCUGAGGCGGCCCAGAAUGGCCAGUCCCCCAUGGCGGCACUCAUCAUGGCAGCAGACAAUGCAGGUGGGAACAGCUCUCCCAAGGACUCCAACCAAGUCCACUCCACCACCCGGAGGAACAGCAGCAGCCCCCUCUCACCCUCCUCCAUGAACCAGAGGAGGCUGGCGCAGAGAGACGCGUCUGGUGCAGGUACCCCCCACGUGCCAGGCAUGGACCAAGUGCACCCCCAAAGCAUUCCGGACUCUUCAGUACCCGGCAGCAUACCACUGUGCUGCACACUGUGCCACGAGCGUUUGGAGGACACACACUUUGUUCAGUGCCCAUCUGUGCCCUCUCACAAGUUCUGCUUCCCAUGCUCGAGGGAAAGCAUAAAGCAGCAAGGUGCCACGGGUGAAGUGUAUUGUCCAAGUGGAGAGAAAUGUCCCCUGGUUGGCUCGAACGUACCGUGGGCUUUCAUGCAGGGAGAAAUCGCCACCAUCCUCGCAGGAGAUGUCAAAGUAAAAAAGGAGAGGGACCCUUGAUUUUGUUUUGAACAUUUCUUUGGGGAGGGGGAAGCAAAAAUAUGAGUAUAAAUAUAUAAAUAUCACAUACAUACCAUUCAAACAAACUAACGGACUUGUACAUAUUGGACCCAAGGGAAGAGUAUACUUCGUAAACAUGGUUGUAUAAUUUUUGAUUUUUGAAUACAUUGUGUUUCUAUAUUUUUGAAGAUAAAGGUAUGUACUCAUUAUAAUGGACUACGUUCCUCUUUGUUGAUGUUUAACAAAACUCUUGAUGUACUUCUAGGUCUGGUGGCAGUUCCUGUUUAACGUAGAAUGUGACUAAUGCUACUCUACGAGCACUUGGCAAAAACUGAAAUGCUUUUAGCUGUACUUGUAUGCACUUGUUUAAAAAUUGCCAAAUACAAUUUCUGAUCUUGUAUGAA